CGUCAGUUGUCAAAUUUGUUUUGAACGCCUCAAACAAUCUAAACGAUCCCUAUCGUUAAUAAAAUUUAUCCAAAAACAUCCUGUAUUCCCCGUAGGAUUUAGCUAAAUUCAUUUUCUUAGUUUAAUUUUAAAAUAUCACAAUGUCAAUUGGUGUACCCAUUAAAGUUCUUCACGAAGCCGAAGGUCAUGUUAUAUCUUGUGAAACAAUAACCGGCGAAGUUUACAGAGGAAAACUAAUUGAAGCUGAAGAUAAUAUGAAUUGUCAAAUGACUCAAAUUACUGUAACUUACAGAGAUGGAAAAGUCGCUCAGUUGGAAAAUGUCUAUAUUAGGGGAUCAAAAAUUAGAUUUUUAAUAUUGCCCGAUAUGUUGAAAAAUGCCCCAAUGUUUAAAAAACAAACCAAAGCGGGCACUGCAGGAAGAGGGAAGUCUGCGAUUCUUCGAGCGCAAGCUCGAGGGAGAGGCCGUGGUCAGCAGCAACCAGGGCGAGGGAGAGCUCAAUGGCAGCAGGGUCAGCCAGGAACUUCUGCAGGAAGAGGAAGAUAAAAAUUGUGUAAAAGUGAUAUAUUGGACAAUUCCUGUAAAUAACACUUGUAUCUAUGUAAGUUUUGGAAACAUGAAAUUUCAUUUGGUACUUUUGUAAAAUAAGUGCAAAGUGACAUAUGAUUAAAUGGUGUGAUUAAAUAAAAAAGACAGUUUGAAAUGAUGGGAAAUUUUUUUAAAUUGUAAACUUGAGUCUUUUAAUUUUAAUUGCGUAUGAUUUAUUAGAAACAAUCUCAAAUUGUUAAUUUUUUUUUCACUUUCUAAUAAACAAAUGCCAACCAG